GGAGGGAGAGAGCAAGCGAAAGAGAAACGCGAGUGGACUCUGUAUUCAAGGUGAAGAUCAAUCCUGCGGCACGGGCGAUCAAAAUUACACCCGGCGAAGGACGCUGACGGAAAAAAACGCACGGAAAAAUGGAGGUUCCGCGCGUGGGACACAGCAUUAGCAGCCCCACGAGUCCGUGUGAAGACAUGAUCAAGAAUUUGAGUUUGGAGGCGAUUCAGCUGUGUGACAGAGAGGGGAACAAGUCCCAGGACAGCGGGAUUGCUGAGAUGGAAGAGCUUCCGGUGCCUCAGCACAUCAAAAUCAGCAACAUCACAUGCGACUCGUUCAAGAUCUGCUGGGACAUGGACGCCCGGGCCAAAGAGAGAAUCACACACUACUUCAUCGAUCUGAACAAGAAAGAGAACAAGAACUCCAACAAGUUUAAACACAAGGACGUGCCCACUAAGCUGGUGGCCAAGGCGGUGCCGCUGCCCAUGACGGUGCGCGGCCACUGGUUCCUGAGCCCGCGGACGGAGUACACGGUGGCGGUGCAGACCGCGUCCAAGCAGAGCGACGGCGACUACGCCGUGUCCGAGUGGAGCGAGAUCAUCGAGUUCUGCACGGCCGACUACUCGUCGGUGCAUCUCACGCAACUGUUGGAAAAGGCGGAGGCCAUCGCUGGCAGGAUGCUGAGAUUUUCCGUGUUCUACCGCAACCAGCAUAAAGAGUACUUCGACCACGUGAGAGAGGAUCAGGACAACCGGAUGCUGCCAGCCGUGAAGGACAACAGCGGUAGCCACGGCUCGCCCAUCAGCGGCAAGCUGCACGGCCUCUUCUUCAGCUGCAACACCGAGUUCAACACGGGCAAGCCGGCGCAGGACUCGCCGUACGGCCGCUACCGCUUCGAGGUGUCCGCCGAGGAGCUCUUCAACCCCAAGACCAACCUCUACUUCGGGGACUUCUACUGCAUGUACACGGCGUACCACUACGUCAUCCUGGUCAUCGCGCCGGAGGGCUCGGACGGCGACGACUUCUGCAAGCAGCGGCUGCCGGCGCUCGACCUCGCCGACAACCGCUUCCUGACGUGCACGGAGGGCGAGGACGGGCGGCUGGCCUUCCACCACGCGCAGGACGUCAUCCUGGAGAUCGUCUACACGGAGGCCGUGGACCUGGCGCAGGGCCUCUUGGCCGAGAUCAGCGGCCACCAGCUCAUGAGCAUGUCCACCGUCAACGCCAAGAAGGACCCCAGCUGCAAGACCUGCAACAUCAGCGUGGGACGCUAAACCCAAACACACACACACACACACAAACACACACACACAUACCCCAACUGAGACUCCGACGCACUCCAACUCUAUCCUACCUAUCUCUCUCUUCUGUUACCUAACCUUGCACCCAUUAAAAUUCAAACACCCCAGUGACCCUAGCGCCACCCUUUUGUGCCUCUUCACCCAACAACAGCAUUGUAAGAGGAGGAGUUAUAUAGUUACUCUACAUAACGCCACAUCAAAUAGUCCCCAUUGUCUAGGCGUAGGUUAUUAUCUAUGCCGAACAUUGGAGUGGGUGGCUGAAAAAGCCCUCCAAUUCCCUCAAUAUCAACCCACUUCUCUUCACACCAAACACCACUACAGUGUAGAGACAUAUCAGUGCCCCAGUUGCCAAGAAGGACCCUAGCAGCCAGUCAUAGUCAAAAUCAGCUUGGAACUGUCACCGGCGGGCGUUGUACUGCGUCUGUUUUGUACCGAGUCUCUAGAUGUAAUAUGAAUUUAUCAACAUCAGACACUGAUCCAUGAGUACCCAUUGACCCUCUGUCCCCCUGACUUCCAGACUUCCCUACUUGGCCAUAGUCUCCCCUCCAUGGUCUAACCAUUUAACACCACACUCAAGAAUGCUAUAACUGGCAUGCAUUCACAGCUCUUUACCAAAUGCUAUCGUUUCUUCUGACUGACCAGCUCGAUUCUGUCUCCUCUGUCUGUUUUCCUCUCUUAAGGUUAGACAAGGUUAAUGUCUUGGUCCUAUUUUUCUAUCUGCGUCAGCAGGUCGUUUAUAAAGUCCCCGUCAAUCGAAGAUUGACUACUAAUGACCCUAAAUCUCUUAACUGGCCGUAACGCUUACAACAACUUUCAAUACCCCUGCCCAUCCACUGCCUGUUUAGAGCACUGGAUUGUAAAGGUGUUGCCAAAGGUGAAAAAUACCCACAGUAAACAGGGGAAAAAAUUGACAUAAAGACAAAACACCAUCAACCUGCUGUAGAUGAACAAAGGUAUCCGAUUCUACCAGGCAUUUCAAACCUUUGUUAACAUCUAGUCAUCAUCAACAAAAGACUAAUUGCUGGAUAACGUGUUUAAAAAAAGCAUGAUAGGUUUGUACCUGCAGCAUGAAAAUUAAAUCUUGAGAAACGUUUUUUAACGUGCACAUCCACAUUAUUUGUCGUUCAUCCGUUUUUUUCAUGUUAUUUAUUCUAACUGGCAGAAGCCAAGCAGUGUACUGUGUUAUAAAACAAAAAUAGACACGAGAAGAAGAUAAUAAAUACAAAAAUAUUUAUUUUUUAACUGUAUAGAAAAUAGAAGCAAACCAGAAGU